AUAGUCCUCUGACAUUCUGACUUUUUUUCCCAGGUAUGGGAUGUAAUGAAUGUACACAUCCGUCGUGUCAGCACUCUCUAAACUCUUUGGGCAUUGGACAGUGUGUGGAGUGUGAUGGUGGGGUUUUGGUGCUGGAUCCCACUUCUGGACCAAAAUGGAGGAUGGCCUGUAAUACAUGUAACGUGGUGGUGCACUUCUUUGAACAUGCACAUAGAGUGCAGGUUGCUCAGGAGAGCUGCGAGGCCUGCGACGCCUCUCUGGUCGCAGUCGACUUCAACAAGACUCGCACGCCACUUCCUGCCGGGGAGACCCAACACACUGGCUGUGUGUUCUGUGAUCCAGUCUUCCAGGAUCUGGUGGAGCUCAAACAUGCCACCAUGAGGUAUCGCGGUGGGGGUGCGAGACGAGGAGGACGGGGACGUGGCAGGGGACGCCGUGGCAAUCCGAAAAAACCUAAGGACAAAAUGGCGGCCUUGGCUGCAUACUUUGUGUAGUGUCUGUGUAUAAUGCAUACUGUUAUUUGUAUGAAGAUUCAGUAAAUUGACUUUUAUAAGUGCAUUUAACUACACUCACAUAAAAUAUGUACAAAACAUGUGGGCUGUCUGUUUCCCCCCCCCCAUCAUUAAAGAGUUGUUUAACAGUGUU